UGCCUUGAUAAGUGGAAUGUGUAAAAAGAUGUUUGACAAAUUUGAUAAAUAUUGGAGUGAAUAUAGCCUAGUGCUUGCAUUUGGAGCUAUUUUUGAUCCAAGGAUAAAGCUUGUAACAUUGGAGCAUUUAUAUGGGGAGGUUCAGAGUGAUCCAGCUAAACUUAAAGAAAUGAUUUCACUUUUGAAGACAAAGUUGAACAAGCUUUUUAGUGGUUAUGCGGAUAUUAUUGCUCCACCUCUUUCCCAACCACGAGUUUCUCAAGUCACAUCUAUGCAAAGUGAAAGUUUAGGUAAAAGUCAAAGAAAAAGAGCAUUUGAAUUUAUUUCCUAUCAGAACACCUCUCAGCGACGUGAGCAUUCUCUCUCCAUGACUCUUCAAUUCCUGUCCGUUCUGAUUCUCCUCUCGGCGAAGCUAGGGUUUCCUACUUUCCGGUUUGCCGGUCUCGUCGUCGUCGGUGUGGUGGUUUCCGCGUCGGCUGGUGGUUAAUAUGGCUGGUUCUUCUUGAAGGGGUUCUAAUCGGCGAAAGGGAGGUGAUUCGAAUU